AGUCGCGUCUAUAAAUGAUCCAACGCUGAGAUACUAUCAUCAUUCAUAAUCUUGGGAUUGACUGGUUCCUUUUAAAUAAACUGGUGUUAAACUCUUGUCUCCAGAACUGUUUUCAAAAAGCACGCUCUGUAGCCAGGAUUAUACCAGAGUCUAGAAUCUCUUUCUAAACAGAAAAUGUCAGCCGAGGAUUUUGCACCAGGCAAAUGGGAUUUAGAAAAAUCGGAAAACUUUGACGAAUAUAUGAAAGCACUGGGUGUCGGGAUGGCAAUGCGAUUGAUUGGCAAUAAGGCAAAGCCAAGACAAGAGAUUUCUAUCAAAGAUGGGGAAUGGACCAUUACCACAUCAACAGCUUUAAAUAAAGUUGAGAUAAAGUUUAAACCUGGUCAGCCAUUUGAAGAGAAAACAGCCGACGGAAGAAAUGUUCAGACAACUUGUACAGUCAGUGGUAAUAAGUUGAUCUCAGACCAGAAAGGUUCUGUUGACAGUAAAAUCAUCAGAGAUUUCAACAAGGACUCUUUUGUUAUGACGCUCACAGCCAACAAUGUUGAGUGCAAAAGAUACUACAAGAAAGCUGACUAAGAAUCUCCAUUCAUUUCACAGCUAUAGAAACUUUUGUUUGCAAGUCUCAGUGUAUAUGAUAGAAUUAAUUUGCUCAUAGUAUUGAAUCUUUUUAACAUUGUAGGUUUGUCAAUAACAUAUGUAGGAAAGAUACAUCAGAAUCUAGUUUUUAUAAUAGUGAAAAUGUUUAUUUAUAUGGCUAUUCUGAUUGGUGCUUUCAGUUGCUUGUAAAUCCAUCUUUACAAUGUCAUUGGUCAAAUCAGGCAACAUUUACAUCACCAUCCUAUAAAAAUGUUUUUUUUAAAUGAAUUUUUAUUCUCUCCAUUUUCUGAAAGCAACAUCCAGAGAUUUCAUUUUAUCCAACAUUUAUUACAGUGCAAUACUUGAACUUUUUAAAAUAACAAAACAUUUUUUUAAAAGUCAAAAUUAUUGAAUGGUUGUUAAAUACUUAUCUUUGUGUGCAUAAGUAAAAGCUUUAAAUUUUAAAAUAUUUUUUUGCAUGAUGUCAGUAUUCAUAUUUUGUAUUUGUAGCUUCUAUGUCUUGGGAACACACACAGUCAGUUUUAGUGUUGACAUACUAUGUUAGGGUCUAAGUAGCUUCUGUUUAAUCAAGUGCAGUAAUUAAAUGCAAGGAAAAGAUUAAAAGAAGAAUAUGUCCCUCCAGCUAAAAGCAAAGAACUUUGAUGUUUGUUCACUAUAUCUAGUUGCCUGUAUUUGGUGAAAUGUUCAAUUGGGUCAUUGUAAACAUUUGAAGAUUUUAGUAGUUUUAAGUGGGGAAACUUUGGAUUUCAAAUUAUCUCUUGAUAGAUAGACGAAUUGUUUCCUGUGUUUUAAGUGUCUGUAAUUAUCAGUUCACAUCUGUAAUUUUCUCAAGGUGGCUGUCAUUACUAAGUGUGUUCUUGGCUAUUUUUAAAUGAAAUCUUUUACAUUUUAGAACUGUUACAAAUGGAACUCUUUUUUUUUUUUUUUUUUAACCAUGGACAUUAUCUUUUAAAAGCAUAAACAUUGUAUAUGUGUUAUCUAUAUGUGUUAUCUUAGUCAGAUUUGAUAAUGUCUAAUAAUGUUUAGCUUAUGUCUGAAGAAUUAGAUGAAAGCUGAAAAUGCUAAUAUUUUCUACUGAAUAAUUAUGUUGAAUUAUUUUAAUCAUGACAAGUCACUGUCUUGUAUAAUGCUCAAGGCUGUUUCUUGUUAUCUUUUGAGCAGUUGAUCUCUUACCAACUCUUAACCAAUGUGAACUUAUCAAGCUUCUAAGCGGUGAAGAAUAUUAUUAUAUGUAUAGUCUAACAUUUGGCUUGUGUAGCUGGUGUAGUCUGCAAGUGUGAUGGUUUAGCCGUUGUAGUGUGUAUGAGUGAUAUCUACAGUCAUGUGUGUAUGACCUAACACUUUGUAUGGUUUACAGUGAGAUUAUGUUGACAUCAUAUAUAUAUAAAAAAAUAAUUUGUUGAUUUCAUUUGAUUCAGAUAAUUUUGAUUUUCAUGUUGACAAAAUUUGUAUGUCAAUUCCAAGGGUUCAACUAUUGUUGAACAGACUUAUGUACUUUGACCAUCCCUAUCCAGUCAUUGAUAAUUUUACAUUAGAUGAUAUAAUGAUGACUAACAAGUUUACAUCUGAUUUAAUAAAUAACAAUCCCCUCGCUAA